GAGGCCACUUGUUCCUUUCUAGUUUCCUCAUCUAUCGAGCUCUAGAAACAUAAAUAGAUCUCUCUUUCUCUCUGACCCCAAGAAUAAUUCAUCCCCCCAACCAUUCAGUUCCACCCAACAAGAUGAGCGCCACCGAAGCAAAUCCAGUAACCGAUCCCGAGACCCAAAGUAUCAUGGAAGAUCUCAUCGCAAAAAUGGGUGCCGACGAGUCAUUUACCGAAUAUGCGAACGAUCAACAUACACAACUACAGAUGUAUAUCGAACAGUGCCGCGCCCAUCUCAAUAUCCUUGCAGAGGAUCGUCAAUUGUAUCGACAGAUGUAUCUUGAGAAGCACCGGGCCCAUCUCGCGCAGGAACGUGUAGAGAGAUGGUGGGAGAAAUUUAUAGGCAUCGUUACCAUAGCGGGUAUGGUGUAUAUUACGUACAAACUAUGCAAUUACUUUCUCUCAACUGCAGUUUCCCUUCUCGAUUUCGCUUCCUGACGAUGAACGGCUUUUGAUUGCACAGAACAUCUAUCUACCUCUUCUAUACACGGCACGACGUUACUUCACAUUUGUCGAAAUCAGCAGUUCGCACUCUUUAGGGAAAUAUGGGAUGGAUUGUUUGAAGAGAAACAUCGGUGGCGAUGAAGUAAACAGCUUCUGAAAUCGUGUUGGGGAGUAGUCGGAGGCAAGAUACAAACAAUCAAAAUGACACACUUUUCAUCUCGAAUACAAGAAACACUCCCUCA